AUGGUGUCGCCAACUCCAAUGGAGGAUGCGAUCAGGGAGAAGAUCACUGCGGCUCUUCAGCCCACCACGCUCGAGAUUCACAACGACUCGCACCUUCACGCGCACCACGCGCCGAUGCAAGGUGUGACGUCCAAGGAGACACACUUUAGGCUCAUCAUCACCUCCGAAGCUUUCAGGUCCAAGAUGCAGCCAGCGAGGCACCGUCUCGUCUACUCCCUGCUCAAGGACGAGAUGGCGCAAGAAGGCGGGAUUCAUGCUCUCCAGUUGCGGACAAUGACGCCGGAAGAGGAGGCGACUCGGCGUGCCCAGGAAGCCGGGAGUGAAUGA